AUGCUGCUACGAAAGAAUUCUUGGAGAAAGCUGUCUGUGAGAUUGUUGGAGCGUAAGCAGGCAGCUUCAAAGGACCCAUACAAAUUGACAGUGGCACAACAGAUGAGGAAGAAGCACCUGGGGACUAAUUUCAUCAUAUGUUCUGCUCUUGAUAAGCAUAUGGCAGUGUUGAUGCUCUCGGUAUUAUCGUCUCAUGAUGGUGCUGCAGAAAGCAGUCGGAGGAUGACCGUCCUGAGAAACACUUUCGAGGUUCAAUUGCCAGAGGGAUUGUGCCGUUUUGCGCAGUCUAUCAACAGCAGCUCUGACGUGGAAGGUCACAACGAUGACAAGAAUGCUGACGACGGCGAAGGUGUUGGACUUUCACAUCUCAGCAACGGUCGACAGGGAGACACGAAAAAGAGGGAGGAGACGCGUUCAAAUCUGUUCCACGAGAACGAGACACAAGAAUGGCUUGAAUGUCAAUCUUCAGCUGCAGACAUGAGGGUGGACAGUGUAGCCACAGUGGUGAUUGUCGAAAGCAAGGACUUCGAUAAGAAACUUAAGCUUGGAGAAAUGGAUAUGUAG